CAUGAAAUCAGCCAGGCAUGUGCUGGGAAGCUGCUCUGCUUUCUCCCUUCCUUCCUUCAUCCACUCUCUUCCCAACAAACAGCUUCUUCUCUGCUCCAGGGAAAGCUGCCGGGCAGUGCCACAGCAAAACUGAACCCUCCAUCACCCCUUAGCAUUGCGUAUCUCCAUCCCAAUCGAUUGCACAAGGCAGCAAUACUGAGAGGAGGAAGCAGAGGGGUAUCUCUGUGCCCACAGCACCACCCUGCAAGGUUAUUUAACCCCCCCAUCCUCAGGUGGCCCCAUAGGGGGUGGUGGUGGCCUGAGCUGCAGCAGAAUGUUCACUGCUCUGCUCAUCCUCAGCCUGGGGGGCUCAAUGCUGCAUCCAGCAGGUGCUCACAGAAGUUGGAUCAUCGGGGGAAAAGCAGCGGUGCCGCACUCCCGGCCCUUCAUCGCCUCCAUCCAGAUGGACGGGCAGCAUUUCUGUGGGGGUUUCCUGGUGUGGCCCAGGUGGGUGAUGACAGCUGCCCACUGCCCCGUUCCCAGGCACAACCCCUCCUUCCGCGUGGUGCUGGGAGCUCACAGCCUGGAGCAGCCCGAGGAGUCCCAGCAGGUGUUUGGUAUCGAGGAAUCCAUCGCUCAUCCCCUCUACGACCCUCGGUCGGUGGACAACGACAUCCGUCUGCUCAGGUUAAACCACACGGCCGAGCUGAAUGCAUUUGUGAAGCGCAUCCGCCUGCCCCGGCCACACAUCGACCUGAAGCCUGGCACCCUCUGCUCCGUGUUGGGAUGGGGGGACAUCUCCAACUACGGCGAGAGACCCAUCCAGCUGAUGGAGGUCAACACCACCAUCGUCAAGAGGAGCCUGUGUCGGACCCUAUGGAAGGGCCGUGUCUCAGGCAACAUGAUGUGCGGGGCCAGCCGCAAUGCCACGCUGCAGGGCGUCUGUGCGGGUGACUCUGGGGGACCCCUGGUCCUCAAGGGGAAGGUUUAUGGUGUCGUCUCGUUCUCUGGGGAGAGAUGUGGGGACCGCCGGUACCCUGACAUUUACACCAGGAUCUCCAACUACAUCGAGUGGGUGCACCACGUUGUGCUCAGCCACCGCCAGCCCCACGAGCAGAGGAAGCACAAACUGGGCCCAGGGAAGGUGGGGAGGGAUCAAAGAGCAGCAGGGUGGGGAAGGCCAGGCCUCUCACAUCCCCCUCCAGCUCCAAGGGGUUUGAUGUUCAAUGGGAACUGACACCAGGGCUCAUCACUCCUGCCUCAGUUUCCCUGCCUGCUCCAAGGCAAUGGAGGGGGCUGAUGGUAGUGAGGAGCCCGGCAUCCCCCUGGCUGCACAGGGAACUCCAGUGCCACACUUCCCCCCUUGCUGCAUCACCACUUUCCUCCCUAAAUAAAACCUCAUUCCCAGA